AAUUUCGUAGAACAAAACCAGGCAAAAACAGUUCCUGCCCUCGCAAUAGAACUGGGGAUACCACAAUUAUCUGCCCUUGUCCAUCAAUUUCUUUUUGAACAACUGCACCCCAACAACCCUCAGGACCUCUCUGACAUUCCCGAGUUUCAGUUCCCCAACUAUGAUGGCGGGAUUUCUAUCUUCAAUUCAGCAUCAUCCAGAUUCUAUGCACCCAGUGACAUUAGUGGGGUUGGCAGAAUGCGCACCGAAUACAUUUGGGCAUGCCCUCUUUGGCAGAAUGAGGCUCCUUGA